CGAUCUGUUACAAUACCUAUGCAAGAGCCUGUAAUAGGUAAUGCAGACAAUCAUGAUAAGGUAUUCCAGUGGUUGAAUGUUUCUGAAAAUCAACAACAAGAGGAACAUGCAUCCAAUGCCGAUGAAUCAAGUUCAUUACAAACAGUAUCUAAUGCUUCAUCAGCCCGUGCAAUUCAUAUAAUUUCCGAUGUACAACUCAAAAAGCCAAAUUCAAGGCCAGGCGAUAAACUCGAAAAGAGUGAUGAAAAUUCAUUUCAACCAAUAAGUGAGGUGUUCCCUCAGGACUUAGAAGUCCCUUCCAACUCACAGUCAGUAAAGGCCACAUUGCAUAAACUGCGGUGGAAAAAGAAAAAGACAUAUUGCAAGUUUUGUAACGAAUCCGUUACAAACUUUGAGCGUCACUUACAAAGGAAUCACGCAGAAUGCAAGGAAGUUAUAGAGUUCCUCAGUUUUCCAAAGAGAAGUCAGGAAAGAAAGACAAUAAUUACGUUACUGCGAAAUUCUGGGCAUUUUGACGAAUUUUUAAGAGGAAACGUUCUACCUGUAUAUAGAGGAAAUAUUACACAAGAUCUACUAUCAGAGUCAACAACAUUAAAAAAGGCUGUUAAAGAAGCCGCCGAAGUUCGGCUCCAAUAUCUAACAGAGUGUUUCACCUUCAGCCGACAGUAUGAACGGGUUAUGGAUGUGUACAACGAUCUGAUGGAGUCUGUCGAGGAGGGUCUAGGUUUUGAUCUAGGUGACCGCGACCGAUUAAGGCCAGAGUACGAAAAAUUAAUAAACGAGUACGACACCGUUAUGGGCACAGUAUCAACGUGGACUCAACUCAAUGCCAGCAUCGACACCUUGCGGCCUGAUUUUAUUUUUAAAUAUAGUAAUCUCCUUAGUUUAUAA